CCGCGCCUCCGCUUCGGUACCAGGAGCCUCCCUGGGGAGGUUGCCCGGCAGGAGAAGAGUCUUCGGUCUACAGUCUGGAGAUGGUGAAGGGCGGCGCGGUGCUGGACAACGGCCCAGAGGAGGAUCAAGAACCUGAAUCAGAAUUAACUGUAACCCAGUUGAAAGAACUGCGCAAGCAGCAACAGGCAGCAUUAGAGAAAACAAUGCUGGGUGAUGAUUCUGAUGAAGAAGAUAAAAAAGAGAAGGAUGAACAGAAAAGUGGAAACAGUUGGAGUAAUGAUUUGAGUUGCUCUUGGGGAAUUGGGGAAGAUGCAGAGGAAGAGGAGGGUGAAGAAAACCCAAUUGCAAUUGAGUUUCAGGAGGAACAAGAAGCCUUUUAUUUGAAAGAUCCUAAAAAGGCAUUGCAAGGGUUUUUUGACAGAGAAGGUGAAGAACUAGAGUAUGAAUUUGAUGCCCAUGGAACUGGCACCUGGCUUUGCAGGGUGAAGCUGCCUGUAGAUGAUGUUUCAGGGAAGCAACUUGUGGCAGAGGCUGUUCAUUCUGGGAAGAAAAAAGAAGCAAUGAUCCAGUGUGCUCUGGAAGCUUGCAGGAUACUGGAUGCUAGGGGUGUGCUGCGGCAAGAAGCAGUGUCACGGAAAAGAAAAGCAAAGAAUUGGGAAGAGGAAGACUUCUAUGAUAGCGAUGAUGACACAUUCCUUGAUCGAACAGGAGUUAUUGAGCAGAAAAGGCUAAACAGAAUGAAGAAAGCUGGGAAGAUAGAUGAGAAGCCAGAAACGUAUGAUUCAUUGGUUGCAAAAUUAAGCGCAACUGAGAGAGAGCUGUCCGAGAUAGCAGACAAACUGAAAUCUUCAAAGACAGUGCAAUCCCAGUCAGCAGCUCAGGAUUCCUUGGAUGAAUUUAUGACUGAAAUAAAAUCAGGAUGCGCCUUAGAUAGUGUGGCACGUAAAAAGCUUCACUUGCGGACCUUUGAACUGAGGAAAGAACAACAACGUUUGAAAGGGUUAAUUAAGAUUGUUACUCCUGCAUCACUGCCUGAGCUGAAAUCCCAAGCUGGGGAUCAAGAUUUGGGAACUGAAAGCAAGCCUAGAAAGCUAACCUUGCCCCUGUUUGGCGCAAUGAAAGGGGGAAGAAAAUUCAGACUGAAAACUGGGACCGUUGGGAAGCCACCUGUGAAGCGUCCAGAUAUUCCUGUAAACCUAUUAAAUAUGAAAGAUGAAGAGCUGGAGGAGGAGGAGGAAGAAGAAGAAGAAGAAGAGGAAGCAGAAAUUAAGGCAGCAAAACAAGGCACACGAAAACCAGAGAUGAAAACUGCACCACAAGAAACACUCCAACCAGAAAGUCUCCCUAGUAGAUCUUAUUCAUGCAGCAACAAAGGAAUAAGGCCUCUGUCUGAGUUUCUGAGUGAAGAUGAAAUAGUACUACAGGGCAACUCCCCAGGUGAUGCAUUGCAAAAGAAGUCACAAGCAUCUGAGAAGCCUGCAGAAAAGCCCAAGAAUAAGAAAGCUAAUGCUGCCAGUAGGGUUCAACACACAGUGUCCUCACAAUAUCCAGAAAAUGACCCAGACUACUGCGUGUGGAUGCCACCUGAAGGUCAAAGCGGUGAUGGUAGAACUCAUCUGAAUGCAAAAUAUGGCUAUUAAGCAUCAAGUGGUAGCUUUAAAGGGACUGUGGCACAGCGUUCAGUGGACAACCGUAUUGUGAAAAAGCAAGUGACAAGAUCUUGUUCAUUAUUUUUAAACUGCUUUUUGUGAUUCCUUAAACUUGCCUACAUCCUCUUCUUUCCUCCACUAAAUGUAUAUAUUGUAUGUUAUACGUAUAUAAAACUUGUAUUUCCUUUGUAUGUAGAUGUGGAAGCUGUGUUUUGACUUAGUAUGUACAG